UCAUAUUUCCUGGCCUGGUCCCAGAUCUGUUUGUGGUCUUGCCAACACCUGUCAUCGUCAAGCCAAACAUGACAAUGAGUGACAAAGAGUUGGCAUGAUGGCACAGACUGGCACUCAAGCAGUUUUCUCCCUCUGUAACUUAACUUCCAAUCCUGCUCUAAUUCUUUCCCCAUUUCCUUCACCACAGUAACUUCCACUCUGGGUCAGACAUGUCUGUGAUAGUGGGAGCGGGGCGGUUCAUAGCCCAGAGGGUUACCAGAAGCAUCACCUACUACUACACCAGCCGGACACCAGGGGGCGAUAGCCCAUCCCCCUCUCCUCCCACCAUCUCCCCCACCUCCUCACAUCUAGACGCUCCUUUUCCCUCACCCUCGUACUCCCUCUCCACCCCCUUGCUCCCAGACUUGCCCACUCACCACGACGUUUCCUCAAUUCUCACCCCUUCCGCUUUGGAUGUACCACCCCUCUCUCCAUCCUCGCCCUCCUCCCACCGUCCCCUCCUCCUCCUUUUCCCGUGGCUUGGCGCGCGACCAGGGGCCAUGGCGAAGUACCGGGACAUCUACCUGGAACGCGGCCUGGACAUCCUAUCUGUGGAGAGCACUGUGUGGUACUUCCUGUGGCCUCGCUGGGGGCUGGAGUAUGCAGCCGAGGUCCUGGAGCUCCUUGACGACCCGCGUUUCAAAGGGCGCCCCCUUCUGGUCCACGCCUUCUCCAUCGGCGGGUACACCUUCACCCAGCUGCUCAGCCAGAUGGUCAGGGAGCCACACAAGUACCCAGGCCUGGCCCAACGGGUCAUAGGACAUGUCUAUGACAGCCUGGUGAUCGGGUCGCUGGAGCAUAUGGCUACAGGCCUGGGCAAGACCCUGUUCCCUCGUAUCGAGCCCCUGGUGCGAUACACCGCUCUGCUCUACUUCUGGCUCUUCAAAUCCCAGACGGUGCACUACUACGACAACUCAGUCCAGGUCUUCUACAACAGCCCCGUCACUGCCCCGGCGCUCUUCUUCUUCUGCGAGAACGACGCGAUGUGCGACCCCGUCACCAUGGAGGCGGUCCUCGACUUCUGGAGGAAGCGGGGCGUUGCUGUGGAAACCAGGAAGUGGAAGGAGUCUGUGCACGCUGCUCAUCUACGCUGUCACCGAGAGGAGUACCUCUCAACACUGGAGACAUUUUUUCACUUGCUCAACAUCGCCCCCCUCAGGGCUAAGAUGUGAAUGGCUCAUGUGCUAAUCACAGUGAGGGGUUUGAUAAUUCAAUAAAUCCUGCAUACUCAUGCUCCAUCACAAAUGUUAUAACAAUAUUAUAACAGUGUAGUCAUGUAGCAUGUAAACUUUUAUCCAUAGAAACUUGGUUGACACCUACCCAGCAUAUGGGUCACGAGGGAAUCUAACCCACAACACACAAGUUUUACUUCCCUGUUGCUAUAAUAACAACAUAUCCAAUCCUAACUCCUAGCAUGUGUUUUGACUUUACUAUGUUAAGGUCGGUGUGCCUUGGGUGUUUGGGAAAUCCUGACCUAGACUUCAGGCUACAGGAAUAGUAUUUUGUAUAUUUUUCCCACGUUACACACAGUAAGUGUGCAGAAAGAAGAUUGAAAAAGGAUAGAAAAUUAACUAAUGGGUCAAAUAGUAUCAGAAUAAAAUAGACUGUUAGAUGUAUGUA